AUGUCGACUGAUAGCGGUAAACAGAGCGCCAGUUGUCCACUGUCUAAUCUGCGGCAAGGCUCAGCCACGAGCUCUCUUCAGGGCAGCGGCCAUGGCCCUACAAUCGUGCUCGAGCCCCCAACGCUAGUGGAGUUUUCCAGUGACGUGGGAGCUGUGCUUCCCUGCUCUGCGCAUGGCCAACCGCAGCCCAAUGUGCGGUGGGAGAAAGAGGACGGGAGCUCGGCAACCACGGUCCCGGGUCUCCGAGAAACACGAUCUGACGGCUCGCUCGUUUUUCCGGCGUUCAGCGGAUCGCAAUUCCGGCCGGAAGUGCACACGGCAACCUACUGCUGCGUUGCUUCCAACGCAUUUGGACUGGUCAAAAGUCGACUCGCACAUGUCCGAGGGGUGGUCCUUGAGAAGUUUGUGGCCAGCGUUUACGACGUCUACGUGGUUCGUGGCAAUUCGGCCCUCCUCCGCUGUCACGUGCCUCCCGCCGUCAGGGAUUACGUCACGGUGUCGUCGUGGGUGCUCGACGAUGGCGUCACAGUUGGGACACUCGGAAACGACGGUCUGGACAGCCGGUAUUUCAUGCUACCCAGUGGCGAACUGAUGUUGCGGAACGCCGACAGUACUGACUCUCAGCGCUCCUAUCGUUGCCAAGUUCACAACAGACUCACCGGAGAAGGUCACUUGAGCAGCAGUGCGGGAAAAAUUAUCAUAACAGAACCGCACAGUUUAUUACCACCAAGAAUGGCCGAGUACCGCGGCUCAGUUCGGGUCGAGAAAGGAGAGAGGGCUGUACUGCCGUGCCUUGCCCAAGGCCACCCGCCACCUAAGCAUCGUUGGUUUCGCAUCAGCAGCGCAGAGGACCAGCAAGAGGCCGUCGGACCUGGUGCUUCCGAUGGUGUAGAAAGCGCCCUGCCAGUCAUGUUGUCCGAUACUGUGAUACUGCUGCCGGGUGGCCCUUUGCUCUUGCACACGGCUGGAACGCAAGACAACGGAAGAUAUCUCUGCGUAGCGAACAACUCCGCCGGUGAAGAUAGGGCGCACACAGACCUGCUUGUCACCGUGCCUUUGUCUGCAAGGAUCGAUCCGUCCGUUCAAGUGGUGGACGUAGGCCGGAGUGCAAACUUGAGCUGCCACGUGGCUGGACACCCGGUGCACGGCGUCGUGUGGACUCAUAACGGACGCACCAUAACGCCCUCUUACACAAUUGCGGUGCUUUCUCGCGACACGCUUCACAUCACCGGUGUGAACCGACAAGACCGGGGAAUGUACCAAUGUCUCGUCUACAACGAGAGGGACUCGGCUCAGGGCUCAGCGCAGCUUGUAAUUGGAGAGGACGCUCCCGUGUUCGAACACGUGUUCACGGAGCGCCAGGCGCGGCCCGGCACCACCGUAUCACUGAGGUGCUCGGCUUCGGGAAACCCGUUGCCGCAAGUUACGUGGUCUCUGGAUGGCGCACCAGUGCCCGAACACUACCACGUCCGUAUAGGAGACUACGUCAGCGGAGAGAGACUAGUACACAGCUACAUCAAUAUGACCGGGGUGCGAGUGGAAGAUGGUGGCCUCUACAGCUGUGUGGCUCGCAACGGCGUGGGCCAGGUUUCUCACACAGCCAGGCUCAACGUGCUCGGCAAGCCCUUGAUUCGACCAAUGGCCAACGUCACGGCACUAGCUGGACGCACAAUGAAGCUACAUUGCGCCGUUGCUGGACAUCCAAUAAAGAACAUCGUCUGGCAAAAAGACGGCCGAUCACUGCCACAAAACCAUCGCCAGCACAGCUUUCCCAACGGAAGCCUGGUUGUGGCAGAGGUGCAGCGUAGCGUGGACAGUGGCUGGUACGCGUGCGUUGCCAAGGACUCCCAAGGAAACACAGCCAGAGGACAACUGGCGGUGCACGUCAUGACUCCACCAGUCGUGAGCCCAUUCAGCUUUCCGGACGAUCUCACAGAGGGCAAGCGUGCGGGCGCCGCGUGCAUUGUUUCUGACGGAGACCUGCCAAUCACCAUCGAGUGGUUCAAGGACGGAAGACCGCUGGACGCUGAGCUGGAAGCCUCGGUCGCUAAAGCCAAUGACUACACGUCGUUCCUCUCCUUCACCGGCGUACUUCAGCUACAUUCGGGAAACUACACCUGCGUUGCAUCCAACCCAGCAGCCUCGGCAAACUACACAGCCCCGAUGCUGGUACAAGUGCCACCAAGAUGGCGUCAGGAGCCAGUCGACAAGGCAACUAUUAUGGGCCAGGCGGUGACUUUCGACUGCCAAGCUGAUGGAUUCCCAGUUCCAGUCAUUAGGUGGAAAAAAGCAAACCGACGACAGUUUUCUGUGAUCAUCAGCAACGCCAACAUUCAGAUUUUGGAGAACGGCUCCCUGAGCAUCCGCGAAGCCGACACCACCGAUGCCGCACAUUACAUGUGCCAGGCGUUGAAUGGUGUCGGGCCAGGAAUCUCAACCGUGGUCAAACUUGAUGUUCACGUGGCGGCCCAUUUUGAGCGCAAGUAGGCACUUACCAUUCGUCGAGGCGAGAGCGUGGCGCUCACCUGCCGAGCUGUCGGCGAGCCACCCAUCACGAUCACCUGGACGAGAGACAGACAUGCCUUCAACCCUUCAGCGGAGCCAAGUCGUGAUGUACGUGGUGGAGGAAAAGCCGGGAGUGAAGCCCUGGAGUACGUCGUCCGCAUACCGAGCGUCGACCGCAGGGACUCCUCGUUGUUUAGUUGUUAUGCCGAGAACACCUACGGACGAGACGACACGAACUUCCAGGUCGUCGUCCAGGAGCCCCCGGACAAGCCACGCGGGCUGGAGGCAACGCAGACAACGAGCCGCGCGGUGACGCUCUCCUGGUCUCCGCCUUACUCCGGAAACAGCCCCGUACUCAAGUACUUGCUGGAGCACAAGCGAGAGACGGUCUGCGAGCGGCACUUUAGAGAGUCAGACAUUCUGACUUCCUCUAAGUAUGUGGACUCAAAAACCGGCAAAGUCGUCGAGGCAAAACUGAAGAUCGCUCGACUCAGCUCCGACGCCGUUCCCAGUGUAUUCCCGAACUGUCCAGCGUACCUUUCCGCGCCCGCCGCUACGUCGCGAGAGGCGCCCGCUGAGAAAAGGAUGCGCCUUGAAGCAGCCUCUUUACGAGAAGCCAUCGCCAAUUCACUUGAGACACAUGAGGAGGAGGAAACAAAGCACAAGUUUGACACCUUCCAGGCUCUACUGGAAUGCCUUCCUCAAAUGAAGCUUUCGAACUUUUGGAGUGUUAUUUCUAGACCUGCGUGCAUUCAUUUUCUGAAUCUUGCUCUUGAAGACGCCCCUCGUGUUUUGCUGUCAAUAACGGUCUUAGAGGAUCUCACGGUGAAAGUUCAUUGCCAAGAUGUGCAGCUUACUACGAUUGAUGGCAUUGGUGCCAUCCCUCACAAAGUGAACGACAUUCGUUGUUUGACACGCCUGCUAGAUUCUGUAGAGUCCUUACAUGGAGAACUUUCCUGUAAGCAUGAAGACAAAAUUGAGGGUUUGCUCAAGUUGGCAUUUUCUCUGCUUGAAGAUGCCUCAAACUGUGAACUGGCAGAUGUUGAACGACUCAAUGCCAUCCGUUUUUUGAAAGAGCAAGUUUCUCUUCUUCUCGUCAGGCAUAGCAAGCAAUCUCGGUAUUCUCCAGAGUUCCUGGUACUUUCGAGCAUUUUAUUUACAAUUUCUCCGCAUGCCUAUAGAUUCUUGCGCAGUACCGGUAAUGUUAGGCUGCCCCAUCCAUCCACUAUACGUCGUGUGUGUAAUUCAUACAAUGUAAGCCCAGAAGCUGAGCAGCAAGGCGCUUCUUUUCUUUCGUAUGCAAAGAAGCUGGUCACUACUAUGAAAGAGCACGAAAAAAUUGUUGUUCUCAUGAUGGAUGAAAUUCACCUGCAGCCUUAUUUUGACUAUAAGGGAGGAACGAUUGUUGGUGCGGCUAGCAAUAGCCCUAAUGCAGCAAAAACAGCGCAUGUUUUUAUGAUGCAAAGCCUACUUUCAAGUCAGAAGAAUGUUGUGCACAUACUGCCAGUAGAGCGCAUCAAUGCGGAGGAGCUGCACACUCUUCUGCGUAGUAUCAUUACUCAGUUGGAAAAUGUUGGGUUGCGUAUCAUUGCUGUAAUAACUGACAAUAACUCAAUCAACCGCAAAACAAUGUCACUUUUUGGGGCACCGUGCAAACUUCAGAGUGUGUAUCCACACCCUGCUGACCCUGACCGUCCUCUUUUUUUCCUGAUUGAUCCUGUGCACUUAAUGAAGUGUGUGAGGAACAACUGGCUCAAUCAGCGAAACUCUGGAACAUGCAUGUUCUUUCCUAGCGCCACAGAAUCUAGCGUACAGCCACCCAUACUUACAGCGUCAUUUCGUACACUUCGAGAACUACACUUGAAAGAACAGGGUCAGCUCAUCAAAUCUGCACCGGCGCUUACGACAAAAUCUCUCAAUCCUUCGAAUAUGGAACGACAAAAUGUUAAGCUCGCGCUAAAGAUUUUCAACCCGUCUACAGCAGCAGCUCUUCGAGCGUGUGGGCCUAAACUUCAGCUCGAGCAUGUGGCCGGCACAGCAGAGUUUUUAGAACUCAUAACUAAGUGGUGGAGCAUUGUUAAUGUAAAAACAUGCAACAAGGGCAUUCGACUUCGGGAUGAGCUGCAGUCACCGAUUGCAUCAGUGACAAGUCCACAGGUUCACUUUCUGCUGAAUAUAGUGGAGUGGCUAGAUCUGUGGCAGUCCCUAAGAUUUGACGCAGGUGUGCUCACAAGAGAGACUCACAGUGCCCUCCGUCUCACGACAGAAACCUUAGUAAAGGUUGCUGAGUAUUGCCUGAAUGAGCUGAACUUUGAUUAUGUGCUUUUAGGGAAGUUUCAGACGGACUCUUUGGAAGAGAGGUUCGGCAAAUACCGCCAACUCUCCGGUGCUCAGUACCACAUUUCCAUCAGACAAGUGUAUGAGUCUGAGCGAAAGCUUCGUCUGCAGAACGUUCUGGAGCUCCCAGAAAUGGAGGCUGCAGCAGACUCGGUGGCAGUGAAUAAUGCUGUACUUGAUGAUUUUGAGAUUGAAAUAACGGAUGAGGACUAUGACGUGAAGGUGCCAAAUCUCCCAGCAAUCACAUACGUUGCUGGCUACUGCGCCCAUGCUGCAUUCAAGAAGCUUUUGUGCAUGGCUUGCAAAGAAAGUUUAAUGCUGGAUGACGACAUUGAAGUUGAAGGCGGAGAGUUGAUCAAGUCCAUGACACGUGGUGGUCUCAAGUUUCCGCAGCCUGCCAUAAUAAAUGCCGUUGUUACUGCGGAAAUAGUUCUUGACAAACUGAGGAGCGAACAGCAUGCACAGCAAUUUCAUGCGUUACCGAAUCAAAAGGAGGCUCUCUUGGCACUCACUCAUGAUGCGAUAAACAACAAUGUUGACUUUGAUGUGUGUGAAAAUGGGCACAGUCCCCAGUUGACACGCUUUCUGUGCAACUUGACCAUCAUAGCUUGUAAGAAGAAAAAUACAUGUCAGGAGCCCCAUUGUUGCCGGGGCGGCGCACCGGGUCAAGCGGACACUGGGUAUGCCAUUGCAGGAUCCUGGGAGCACGAAUCGCAAAUAACAGCAAUUGAAUCGACCGAAUUGACGCACGUGGCAAAUGGCUUACGACCGAAAACAAGCUACGAGUUCCGGCUUAGGGCAGAGAACGCCAUCGGCGUCAGUGACCCCAGCGACACGCUUCUGCUCACAACACAAGAAGAAGCUCCAACCGGCGCACCACGUGAUAUAAAGGUGACUCCAACUGGUUCGCGAAGCCUGCACGUUUCCUGGAAGCCGCCAUCGCACGAGGAAUCCAACGGCUUGGUCCAGGGUUACUACGUGGGCUACCGUAUUCGCGACGCGAAGGAGUCGUUCUCAUACAAAACGCUGGAGAGUUCGUCUACGUCACCGGUGCAGCAGUGUGAACUGAUGGACCUGAGGCGUAGCACCCGCUACAGUGUCGUCGUGCAGGCGUUCAACGCCAAAGGGGCUGGGCCCGCUUCAGAGGAGGUCUUCGCUCAAACCCUCGACAUCGAUGCUCCAUCUGCACCUCGGCUCAAGAUGGUUUCGUCAACGUCAUCUUCAGUGCACCUCAGUUGGGACGUCGAAAAAGACGAACCUAUAAAUGGUUUCGUGCUGUUUCACAAACCAGAGCCGUCCUCAACACCCGAAGCGCAGUCCACUGAAGAUGCAGGUGACUGGACGGAAGUGCAGACGGGAUCUGAGAGGUCGGCGUACGCGUUUCGAGGCCUCCGGUGUGGCCGCCAUUACUCCUUUUACGCUGUAGCCUUCAACGCAGCUGGAAGGGGUCCAAGGAGCAACACCAUCUUGGCUAAGACUGAUGGAUCAGCACCCGUGGCACCCGAUGAGCGUGACCUACUGUUAUGCAACGUUACCUCGGUGACACUUCAACUGGGUUCCUGGAAGAGUGGCGGUUGUCCCAUUCUUUCAUUCGCCGUGCUGUGCAAGCCACAGUCUCAGAAGGAGUGGUCACCAGCAACAGCUACCCACUUGGUCCCCGACAACAAGCAACCACCCGUUGUAUUCAUUGCGGACUUGAACCCAGCUACCUGGUACGACCUGCUCAUCACCGCUGAGAACGGCGCUGGAUCCACGGAGGCAGAAUACGUCUUCGCUACCCUCACACUCUCUGGAGGCACACUACCACCUCCUCAAUGGACAAAGGCUGUGGAGUCACCACACCGCCAUGUUCGCAUCAUCAUCCCUAUCGCCUGCACCAUUCUGGCAGUCCUGCUCAUUUCCGCCGCCGUCUGCUACGUGUUCUCGCGCAGACGACUAUCUGCCAUCCAGAGGCCAUACUCAGCUCUUUAG